CUAAAAAAAAGGGUUUUUUUUGUGUGUGUUUGGGGACUUGGGUUCUGGGAUUUAGUGUGUGAUUUUGUGUUAUUUGCAAUCAAUUUGUUGUUUUGUUGCUUUAUUGAUGCUUUGGAUGGAGUGGUAUGGUUUUGGUUUUGAGAUGUAUUUGCUUCAACUUUUAACAUUUUUUAUUUGAUUGAUGUGCCCCCUCCCUCUCUCUCUCUCUCUCUCUCUCUCUAAAUUGCUAAGAAAAAAGGUUUUUUUUUGGAGGGGGGUGUGAAGUGUUUGGGGACUUGGGUUCUGGGAUUUACUGUGUGAUUUUGUGUUAUUUGUUACCAAUUUGUUGUUUUGUUGCUCCAUUGAUGCUUUGGAUGGAGUGCUUAAGGCUUGGUUUUGAGAUGGGUUUCUUUCAAUUUUUAACAAUUUUAAUGUGAUUGGUGUGUUCUCUCUCUCUCUCUCUCUCUCUCUCUCUCUAUUGACUAUUGCUAAAAAUGGUUACUUUUUUAUGGGGUAAAGAGUUUGGGCACUUGGGUUUUCUUUUCACCCUGUGAUUAUUUGCUAUCAAUUUGUUGUUUUUUUGGCUCAUUGAUGCUUUGAAUGGAGUGUUAAUUAAGGUUUGGUUUUUGAUAUGGGUUUGUUUCAGUUUUAAACAUUUUUUUAUUUGAUUGUUGUGGAGGAGGUAGCUCUUCUAUUGAUGAUUCUUAUAUUGGAUUAUUAGUGAGUAUUUUGCUAUAAUAAUUGAUAUAAUAAUAAGAAGCUCAUGUGCUCUCUCUCUCUCUCUCUCUCUCUCUCUCUCUACAAUGUUAAAGGUUUCUCUUUUAAACAAUUAUCCAUUUUUUGAUAUUAAUUUGGUGUGUUUUUUUUUUUUGUUUUUUUUGCUCAAUGAAUCUACUUGGAAUUGGGUGUUAUGGUUUGGUUUUGAGAAGGGUUUGUAUCAAUUUUAAACAUUCUUUUUUAAUUUGAUUUGUGUGGAGGAGGUGAAACUACUUGGAAUUGGGUAUUAUUAACAAUAAUAAUAAUAAGCUCAUGAAGUUAAAAUCUACAACUGGUGUGCAUGCAUUUCAAUUGUGAAAUGUUUUAAUUUGGCAAAUUUGUGAAAUAUUUAUUUUCUAGCCUAAAAACAUAUAUACAUAUUACAUAGUGAGAGGGAUGAACAGGUUUAUGUGUAUUUGAGCUUUAGAUUAUGCAGAGUACCUGAAACAAGAAAAUUAUAUUAGCACUGAAUCAUGAUAUUGUGGAGGUUCAAGGAUAAAACCAUAUAUAUAUAUAUAUAUGUUGUGAUUUUACUUUCAAUUAUAUAACAAAUUACUAUGUUAUCUCCUUCAUUUUGUCGUCGCACGCGUAAUCGUUCAGUAAAUACCAUGCAAACAGCCUCUUUGUUUUGCCUUGUGCAUAUAUUAGGACACCUACCCUUUUUCUUGUUCUUAAAUGAAGGGUUUUGGUUACUUGUCGAAGCGUAGUUGUCGAUUACUUUGCGGAUAUCUCAUUGAAGUAGUAAUUCGAAAGAGUUUCGACUUUGGAGUGAUGCUAAAGUUUUACAGGUAUAGUACUCCAAUUUGGCAUUAAAAGUAAUCGUUUUCGAUUAUGUUUUAGACUUGUAAGAAAAGUAAGAUCAUGGUUGAAACUUAUGAGAAUAUAAGGAUUAUGGUUGAAGUUCUCUGAUGCAAGUUUUUAGCUAGAUGUCGUGUCGCCAAUUUCGUAACGUAGGAUUGAGUUGUGUUUCCACUGUUGCACUUGGCUCUUGUUUUGGAUCGUAAGCUCGUUCGAUACGUUGCUCGUUUCGUUGAAUUUACGGUGAAUCGAAAGGCAUUGAUUGUCGACAUUGGUCGUCGAAUUUACGGUUAAUCGAAAGCUCAUUCUAUAUGCUGUUGUGUUCUUGUUUUUCGUUGGAUGAAGCAGCAAGCUCGCGUACCCGAAUUCGGCAAGUGGGAAAAUGCCGACAACGUCAGUUACACCCAAUACUUCGACAACGCGCGGACGAAUAGAACCCCCGGAAGGAUGAUCAACCCGAAUGAUCCGACACAGAACCCAGAAGCGUUUCUCGGCACCGAACCUGGAGCUCGGAAACCGAAGGACGCGAGGAAGCAAGAAGCGGAUCCUCGCCAGAAGCGUAACAGCUCGCAAAGUACUAGGGGAAGCAAAGUGAGCUGCGGAGUGCGAUCUCAAGCUCACGGGCAUGAUGCGAAAACUCCGGAACGACCUAGAAGGCGGCAUGGUGGCCGAGGCAAUGUAACGCCGGAGCGAGAAUUCGUGGUGCCGCCAUUCGGUAAAUGGGACGAAAGCAAUCCCAAAUCGGGAGACAAAUACACUGGCAUUUUCGAGAAGCUGAGGGAGGACCGGCAAUCGCCUAUGUUCGAGCCGCCGUGUCCGACGAUCGGCCGCGACUACGAUCGUAGCCCACGAGUAAAGAGAUUCUUGUGCUUCAGCUGGCGCGCAAAGUGAUGAGCUUGGAACCUCUAAAUAUCUCCAAAUAAUCCUAACUUUUUUUUUUUUUUUUUUAAAAAAAAUUCCAUCUUUGGACUUGUUGGAUAUUAUUUACUUAUGUAAGAGGUGUUAAAUUCAUGUUCCUUUCAAUGAAAUUCCAACUCAAAUUUGAGUAUUAA